AUAUCUAAUCUAAAAAGAAUGUCGUUUUCGUAAUUAGAAGACUUUGUAAUUUGUUUUUUUCCUAAAAAACGAAAAGAAGUAACCAAAGCUUCUUCAUCAACCAACGUAUUUUGCUUCCUUUCUUCUUCUUCUUCUUCCUCUUCCCCUAACAUUCCAUUCCCCGUAUGGGUCUCACCACUUCCUAACUCUUCUCUCUCUUAUCUCUUCUUGUUUUAGCUAUGAAGAAGCAAUCUCAAUUCAGAUCCAAUCAUACCCUUCUCUUCUUUCAUCUCUGAUCAUUAACAACAACAACAACGACUCGGGUUCUGUAAAUUCAGUUAUUGGAGAGAAAAUGGCGAUGUUAGUUGAGCCACCAAAUGGGAUUAAGCAACAAGGGAAACAUUACUACUCCAUGUGGCAAACAUUGUUCGAAAUCGAUACAAAGUAUGUUCCGAUUAAACCCAUUGGAAGAGGAGCUUAUGGUGUGGUUUGUUCUUCUAUCAAUCGUGAGACUAAUGAGAGAGUUGCUAUUAAAAAGAUUCACAAUGUGUUUGAGAAUCGUGUUGAUGCUUUGAGAACGUUGAGGGAACUUAAACUUCUUAGGCAUGUGAGGCAUGAGAAUGUGAUCGCGCUUAAAGAUGUUAUGUUGCCUGCUAAUAGAUCCAGUUUCAAGGAUGUUUAUUUGGUUUAUGAGCUAAUGGAUACUGAUCUUCAUCAGAUUAUUAAAUCCUCUCAGUCUCUUUCUGAUGAUCACUGCAAGUACUUCUUGUUUCAGUUGCUUAGAGGGUUGAAGUAUCUUCAUUCUGCAAACAUACUUCACCGGGAUUUGAAGCCCGGGAACCUCUUAGUUAAUGCGAACUGCGAUCUCAAGAUUUGUGAUUUCGGGUUGGCGAGAACGAGCCAAGGUAAUGAACAGUUCAUGACUGAGUAUGUGGUUACACGUUGGUACAGAGCACCUGAGCUUCUUCUUUGUUGUGAUAACUAUGGAACCUCCAUUGAUGUAUGGUCGGUUGGUUGCAUAUUCGCGGAGAUUCUUGGUAGGAAACCGAUUUUUCCAGGAACAGAAUGCUUGAAUCAGCUUAAGCUAAUCAUCAACGUUGUUGGUAGCCAACAAGAAUCUGAUAUUCGGUUCAUAGACAACCCGAAAGCUCGAAGGUUUAUAAAGUCUCUUCCGUACUCAAGAGGAACUCAUCUCUCCAAUCUUUAUCCACAAGCCAAUCCUCUAGCUAUAGAUUUGUUACAGAGGAUGCUUGUGUUUGAUCCAACCAAGAGAAUCUCUGUAACCGAUGCGCUCUUACACCCGUAUAUGGCGGGGUUGUUUGAUCCUGGAUCCAAUCCGCCUGCACAUGUCCCAAUCUCUCUGGACAUAGAUGAAAACAUGGAGGAACCAGUGAUAAGAGAGAUGAUGUGGAAUGAGAUGCUUUAUUACCACCCUGAAGCUGAAAUCUCAAAUGCCUAAAUCAACAUCAAUGAUCAUUAAGAGUAAGCUUUUUCCAGUUUUUUUUUUUUUUGCUUUCUAAAAUGCAGCUUUGAUGUUAUGUUAUAUAUAGCGAGUCCACAAACGCGGGAACAGAUCGAUAAAAAGCCCGGUGCUUUGAUCUCGUCUGGUUUGAUUUAGUUGCAGUGAGUGAGUAGUAGUAACAGAGUUUGAAAAGUGGCUCUCAGUAUCUUUACCACUUUGUAAAUGUGACUGUUUGUUACUAAGUAAGUUAAGGCUUGUUUUUGUUACAUUAUCUUUGAGUUGAUGAGUUUUACUACUGAUUUUCAGGCCAACUCUUGUAUUUUGUAUAGCUUUGCCAUUGCCCACUUGCUAGCCACACGAAAUAAUUUUUUAUAGUUUAGAUACUCUCAUACUAUAAAGUA